CAUGAAUAUAUAUUGGCCCCAAAGACGAAACGAAAAUGGAACCUAUAACAUCAUAUAUGUAAUAUUUGUUAUGAACUUGAUAUACCAACAAGUUUGACGUAAAAAUUUAGUGGUAGCACUCAUAUUAUUUUGAACACAGCUUAUAUCCAGUGUUACUGUUGUGCGACUAAUAUCUGAAUUUCCUGUCUGUAUGAACCGCCAGAUAUUUAUUCCCAUGACUUUUUGAUUGGAGCAACUACUUGGGUUCAUUCAAAUCCCAGUCAAUGUAGGCGGAAUAUUUCCCAAUUUUCCUAAAGGUAAAGAGGUAAAGGUGAAAAGAUCACAUGACAGAUUGCCUCGUUGUUUGUUACUGAAUGGGUAGGAGACUUUCUUCUCUGUUUUGACUGAUGAUCAAGUGUGAGAUAAUGUCACCUUGUUAGGCUGAGUAUUAUGGUACAAUUAAGAGGUAGCGUUAUUUGCACAACAACCAAAAUAGUUGUUUUAUAAUAUAUCUUUUUCAAAUGUGUUUUAUAUAUGUAUUUUUAUUAUUAUAACACUGUUUUGUUGCUUAUAUGUGGAAUAUCGGAUGAAAUAGAACAUCUUUUUAAGUAAAAUAUCACAGCUGUGACAACAAGCCUUUGACAAUUAGUUUUACUGCAAAAUCAAAACAAAAAUAAAAAAAUUGUACUCAGCUCUUCGCAUGGCUUCGCCUUAUUAGUGGAUACUGUGUCUAAAUUUUUUAGCUAAAAAAUUUCGUCUUAAUAUGAACAUGGGGGGUACCUAUUUUGAAACAGAGGAGGGUACCAACAUUGACAAAAUUUUUUUUCGGUGUACAUAAUUUCCCAUGCGCAGAAGUUGCCACUUUAAGAUAAUAUUCUUAAUGAAGGGGGUUGCCAUUGCUAGGGGUGAGAUAGAUGUUACAUAUGACGUCAUGGCAAUAUUGUUUACAGCUUCUUUAUUCACUGAUAAACGAACUUUGUUCAAUGCAUAAAGCAAUAUUCUUAAUCUAAUCGUAGUGUAGUUUAAUAGUGAAUUUUAUAGACAUAAGUUAUUAAAUAUUAAAAUGUUUAACUUAGGUGUUCGGUGUGUGCAAUCUACGAAAAUUCAAGUAGACACUGUUUUGUUUACGUUAGUGAAGUUACGUAAUUAUAUUAGUUUUAAAACAGCUGCUCGCUGUUUGAGUGUAAACACAAAUAUCCAAAGACGUUUCUACAGUAACAACACAAUGUUGAACUUAAAGGACUUCUGCAUAUCGGACUACGACGUAAUAGGCUUUGACUUGGAUGGGACUUUACUAAGGUACAACCUCAAUAACAUGGUACCCUUGGAAUACGAGCUCUUGGUUAAAUAUCUGAUGGAGAAAAAGUAUCCACGUGUCUUGCUUGAUAAGCAGUUCGAUUCUGAUUUUAUACAAAAAGGUUUGAUAGUUGAUGCUGAACGGGGAAAUUUAAUAAAAUUAGCAGCGGAUGGCGAAAUACUCAAGGCUACUCAUGGUACAAGAUUCCUUAGUUCUGCUGAAAUUGAAGAUGUUUAUGGAAAGUCCCGUAAGUGGGAUAUAGCUCAAGAUUAUAUAAACGAUCCACUGUCUGCCUGGAAUGGUCCUGUAUCGGAAAAACUAAGGACGUUAUUAGACUAUUUCGAUAUAGCAGCAUCGUUGGUUUUUGCUCAAGCUGUUGACGCACUUGACGAAACCGUCUAUACCAAUACAAACGUUCUGCAGAAAAACGACUAUAAAGUAUGGCCGGAUAUAUUAUCCGGUUUGAUACAAAUGUAUUCCCGAGAUCAUUUUGCAAGCGGCACGAGCGCAUACUUUGAAGCAUUAAAACAAAAUCCAGAAAAAUAUCUCUUUAAAACGGACCAACAGGUAAUACAACUUCUAAGAGAACUUCGCUCUUCGGGAAAGGCACUGUAUUUAUUAACAGGCUCCAAUAUAGAUUUUGCCAACUUCACAGCGUCCUACGCAUUGGGUCCAAACUGGAGAGAUCUUUUUAAUUGUGUCGUAUCGUUUGCCAAAAAACCUGGUUUCUUUUUCAUGCAAAGAAGUUUUCUUCAGAACAACAACUUGAGCGAAGUUCCAAAUAGUGAAAUGCCCUUGCAAGAUGAUCUCUUAGCAAAAGGCAAAAGCUUCAGUCAGGGCAAUUGGGAGCAAUUAAAUGAAAGCCUAUGCAAGCAUGUUCUAUGUAAAGAUGUUAAUAAAACAUCCCGUAGUCUGUAUGUUGGUGAUAAUUUAAUACAAGAUGUUUAUGCGCCAUACACUAAAGCAUCUAUGGAUGCUAUUGCUAUUAGCGAAGAAAUGUUCGAAAAUAAAAGUAGCUACGAGUACUAUAAAAUUAUACAAUCAUCAUCCUGGGGAUCCUAUUUUAAUCUUAACGGAAGACCUACGUUAUGGUUUAGUGUUAUUGAAAACUAUUCGAAAUUAUGUAUUUCACAAAUGGAUGUUAUAGCAAAUGUACCUGUUAAAGAGAAAAUACAAUGUGGAAACCAACAUGGUUUCUUUCCGAAUGUACCCAAUGGUCAGUUAGUUCAAUAGAAGCUGUGAUUUUUCUGAACACUACAAUAAUAGGCAAAACGACUGCGUUUUACGUACAAAAUAAUAAACUAAAAGAAAAAUAAUUUAUAUAACUGAAACAAUGUAUAGUUUAAA